AGCACCGCGUGGGGCACAAUGCGCUGCCCGUGGGGCCCCGAGCAGCUCGAACCGCCCCACAAGCGGCCAACCCAAGCGGGGCUCACUUCCUAAGGGGCUGCCGGCCCCUCCCCGUGUGAUUUUCAAACCGGAUUCCGAUGUUUGGCAGCGGCCCCGAGCCAAACCGCCCCGACGCGGCGCUCCCCGUUCGCGCAGCUCCCACGGGGCCAGCACCGCACCGCACCGCGACCCAUCCCCGCCACGGGAACGCGCCCCUUCCCACGGCAGCGGGCCGGCUCCACGCGGGACGCUUCCUUUCCAGGCUCGGGGAAAGUCUCUCCCAGGAGCACCGUCCCGUCUGGGAAGUGAGGCGGAGUCUGGGCCCUCCCAUCCGGGAGCGCCCGGCGCUCGCUCUGUCCGUCCGUCCGUCCGUCCGCGCGGCGUCCUGCGGAGGGGCCGGGAUAGCGCAGCAGAGGGACCCGGAGGCGGGGAGGUGCACAGGCGCCGUGUGCAGGUUUCCUUCCUGCCCCCACCUCGUGGGGAGCAGCCCCACGCUGCUCCGAGCCCUGCCAGGGGAGCGGAGCCAGCCGGGUCCUGCCUGCCCCGUGCCCCGCAGCGGAACCUGCUGCUCGUCCCCAGGAGCGAUGGCGUCGCUGUGGGUGAGAGCUCGAAAGGUGUUCGCGAAAAGUCGCGCUCCAGGUUUGGCGGAGAUGGGGAGCGGCGGAGCGGAGAAGGGUUACCGCAUCCCCGCGGGGAAGGGGCCGCACGCCGUGGGCUGCACGGACCUGAUGACCGGGAACGCGGCCGAGGGAAGCUUUUUGCGCCUGUAUUAUCCAUCGUGCGAUGACACAGGCAUUGAAGAGGCGCCGUGGAUUCCAGAUAAGGAGUACUACCAGGGGCUCUCGGACUUCCUCAACAUGUACCGGGUCGUAGGAGAAAGGCUUUUCCAAUACUACGUUGGUUCAGUGACCUGUCCUGCAAAAUCAAAUGCUGCCUUUAAGCCAGGAGAAAAAUACCCACUGCUCGUUUUUUCCCAUGGACUUGGAGCUUUUCGGACCAUCUACUCUGCUAUCUGCGUAGAGAUGGCUUCUCAGGGCUUUCUAGUGGCAGCUGUGGAGCACAGAGAUGAAUCAGCUUCAGCAACGUAUUUCUGCAAAGAAAAGGCUGAUUCUGAGCCAGAGGAAGAGUCUAAAUCAAGCGUGGAGAAGGAGUGGAUCUACUACAGGAAGCUGAAAGCAGGAGAGGAGGAACGUUGCUUGCGUCACAAGCAGGUACAGCAGAGAGCACAGGAGUGCAUCAGAGCACUCAACCUCAUUCUUAAAAUCAAUUCAGGAGAGGAAGUGAUGAAUGUGCUGCAUUCAGCCUUCGACUGGAAUCACCUAAAGGACUCUGUUGAUACUAGCAGAAUAGCUGUGAUGGGACACUCUUUUGGUGGUGCUACAGUUAUUGAGAGUCUCAGCAAGGAAAUUAGAUUUAGGUGUGGCAUCGCCCUCGAUGCAUGGAUGCUCCCAGUGGGCGAUGACACUUACCAAAGCAGUGUCCAGCAACCUCUGCUUUUUAUCAAUUCUGAAAAAUUCCAGUGGGCUUCCAAUAUCUUAAAGAUGAAGAAGCUUAGCUCCGAUGAUACAAACAAGAAAAUGAUCACUAUCAAGGGAUCCGUACAUCAGAGCUUUCCUGAUUUUACUUUUGUGAGUGGAGAAAUCAUUGGCAAGUUUUUCAAGUUGAAAGGAGAAAUAGAUCCAAAUGAAGCUAUUGAUAUAUGCAACCAUGCUUCCCUGGCCUUCCUGCAGAAACAUUUGAGUCUUAAGAAAGAUUUUGAUAAGUGGGAUUCGCUCCUGGAUGGCAUAGGACCCAAUGUUAUUUCUGGUACCAAUAUUGACUUAUCUCCAGCUCCAAGUGAAUAAGGAAUACAAGGAAGCACUGCAAAUGCUGCAUUCACCAGGACACUAACGUUGGCCAAAUAUUGCUGAGUUGUGAUAGCACUGGCCUCCUACCCAGCUUUUGGGGUGUGAAGCAAAAAAAAAUCACAGUGGAAAAAGGUUUUAAGUUCAGAUGAGUCAGUGGGAUUCUCCAGAAUAGUGCAGCAGGGCAGCCUUUGCUUUGCAGGCAGCUGGCAGGAGGAAUCACUUGAUGAUAAUUUCAACAUUCUGUUUCUGACCUAAAAUCAACGUUGCAGAGAGAAAUUAAGUUCCAAGGAAUGCAGCUAUCCAGCUUUGUCAGUCUGCCACACCCAGCGAGUUUUGGGUUUGUUUUCUUGCCACGUAAGAAAGAGCUCCUUAAUUUGUUAAACUCCAUAAGUGUAUUUCAGCUCUGCUCCAGGAGCAGCUGGGGUUGGGGCAGACUUCAGCUCCUUGGAGGCAGAAAGGUGCCAGGGGAGGAAGCUCUUCUCAAUUGGCAUUUCAAUGAGUCCCGGUAAAAGCUGCAGGAAACAGUGUAAGGUAACUGCAGGAGGAGAUUGUUCUGACAGGACUUCUCAUGCGAACUUACUCCUUUUUAAGUUGCGUUCACGCUGCCAUGGUUUUCCAUCCCAAAAGCUGCACGAAUGGUCACUCGUAGCAAGCGUAGUUCCCCGAGGCAGAGCUUUACAGCAGGGCCUCCACUAUCGAUCCCUCUAUUACCACUAGCACUAGGAUUGCUGCUGAUUAAACUGGGGAAUAGAUGUAUGCCCAUUCUACUUGCUCCCUUUAAAAAGGGGCACGUGAGCCGUGUUUGAUCCCAGUGAUGUCUCACACAGUUGUAAUACCCUCCAGACACUCCUCUUUGUUCAGGUGCUAGCACUGCUGGCUGCAGGUGCCAGCAGAAACAGGGACUGUGGCAAUGGCCAAAGGCAGCUCUGCUUUCCAGAGCCACACUGCUUGGAGCUGCUACGAGGAAGAAGGACUUUAAGGGGGACUGCUACUCGCUGUAACCUGUUUGUUUCAAAAUAAGGUUACAAACAAAAUGCAACCGGAGCAGUUAACACUAAUUAAAUGUUUUGUAUAAAUCUGAUCUUAACGUGAGAUUGCAAUGACAGCUGCAGUCUGCUUUUCAGAAUUAAAUUAAGUUCUUUACAGCCUA